AGAGCGGGGCGUAGUGCAACCCUGUAAGGCGUAAACAGCUGUCGGAGACCUGCGGUCAUAUUAUUGAUAAGCACGGGUAGAAAUAGUUUACCCGGAAUUAUAAAGCUGGCAGAGAUCAACGCUCGAACGCUCUCAGCAUUCGUCACUUCUGCUCUGAAUCCCCGACUCUCCUCAGAAACACAAUUUACCACGGAACUUCGAUCGAUAUGGCAGCGCAAGACUUCGACCCCGAUAUGUAUACCAAAAUGUUUACUUUCACGAGUAAAUACCAUCGCGACCUGUAUCCCGCCAUUGAAGCCGCGCAAAGUAGCGGAUCUGGAAAACAUGUCCUCGUCACCGGCGCAUCCAAAGGCCUCGGUCGCGCCAUGGCACUAUCAUGGGCCCGUGCAGGCGCUGCCGGAAUCGCAAUAUGUAGCCGUAAGGUGGAGACUCUCGCGCCAGUCGCUGCAGAGAUCAAAGCUCUCAAUUCCAAAAUAGAGGUUCUAGCUCUUGCCUGCGACACUACAAAAUCGUCUGACGUUGCCAAACUUUUCGAGAAAUCAAAGGAGAACUUUGGGAAGCUGGAUGUCGUGAUUGCAAAUGUUGGACUCACAUCUUAUGGCAAGAUUGGCGAAGAAGACGAAGAAGAGUGGUGGGACAUCAUGACCACAAAUAUUCGCAGUGCACAUCUCGCUGCGCACCACUAUAUUCGCAUCUUCGGUCCAGACCCCAUAGGGACUUUCAUUACAAUGACUUCCGGUGUCGCGGGUGUGGCUUUUCCUGGUCUAUCUUCGUACGGCAUGUCCAAGUCGGCGGAUAUCAAUCUCGUAGAGUAUCUAGACAUUGAAUAUGCCAGUCUCAAGGCCUUCUCGAUGGAUCCAGGGGUCGUGAAGGGUGUUGCGGCAAUGCCAGCGUUCGUGCCAUAUGCGUUUGACACGCCGGAGUUAGUCGGAGCAUUUUCAAUUUGGUUGGCGAGUGGGAGGGCGGAUAAGGUCAAGGGCGGGUAUGUCCAUAUUACAUGGGAUGUGGAGGAAUUAGAGAAGUAUGGAGAUGAGAUCAAAGAGAAGGGCUUGUUGAAAAGUAAAUUUCUGGGGGGACUUUUAGGGAACGAAGGUGGUGCUCUGAAGAAGUAGAUCUGUGGACUGUCGGGGGGACAAUAAAAUAUCUUUGAUAGGAUGUAGACCUGGAAAAAGAUAAACAUGU